CUCAAAAAGGCUAGAACCCAGCGUAAAGUUAGAUGAAAAAAAUUAUCUUGACAAAUGACAGUGACAGAAACAGCUGUGGCUGUUGCCAAUGUUGCCACAAUCCAAUGUUUUGAUCCUUUUCCAUCUGGGUUUUCCAUUUUGUUGUUUUUGUAAACAGUUUCAGGAUUAACAGGAAAAUUUAUGCUUUAAAUAUAUAAAACAUAGCUAUUAUGGUGUUUCCAAAGGUCUAUAGCUGGCUUUUUCUUGUGUUGAAUACACGUUUGCAAUCGAAUUCUUUGUUUAUAAAGUGAAUUUCGUACUGUGCCUAGAAAAAAAGCACAAAAACAGAUGAAAAACCUCAGGCACAAAUUACGUAAUGUUUCGCUCGAAAAGGUUAUGAAAUAACUUGAAAUACCAUAUGGUUAUAAGCACUGGAAGGACUAAAUAUUUUGCAGAAUUGUCAGUGAUACUGGAAACAAGAAGAACUCAGUGCCCAUAAGGAGACAGAAUCAUGGCUGAGAUUAAAAGUAAAGCUCUAUUUGUGUGCCUUGGUAAUAUCUGUCGAUCGCCGAUAGCGGAAGGUGUUUUUCAGAAGAGCGUGAACAGUAUGGGCUUAGGAGAGCAAUGGGAGAUAGACAGUGCUGCUAUAAGCAGCGAGUAUGUCGGUUAUCCGCCGGACUGGAGGGCAAACGGUACUAUGCAGAAAGUGCCUUACCAGAAUUUUGGUAGACAGAUCAAAAAAGAAGACUUCAACAAAUAUGACUUCAUAUUUGGGAUGGAUGAAAAAAUCAUGAGCGAACUCAAGAAAAGGGCACCCAACGGCAAUAAAGCCAAACUGUUAAUGUUUGGAGACUUUGAACCCCAAGGGGACAGGGUCAUCAGGGAUCCAUAUUAUGACAGAGACUCAAAGGGCUUCGACAAGUGCUACAAGCAGUGUGUGAGGUGCUCUAAAGGAUUCCUCGAGCAGUUGGAGAAAGGACUACUGAAAUAGUUAUUUUACAGUAUAAAAUAUACAUUCCAAUCCAAUUUCAGUCAUAAAAAACU